UCAAUAAAUUGUCAAUGCACUUUCAUAUUUUUAGACCAGUAUUUAUUUUGUUAAUAAAAUGGCAGAUAUGACUUUAACUACAUUUCCGGACGAUCCCAAAUGUCCCAAAAUUUGCAAAGAUAUCGGCGCAUUUAAAAAGGUGGAGAUGGCGAAAGAGGAAAUCAAAGAGGCCGGAGAGGCGAAGGUUGCUCCUUCGGCGGAUGCUACUCCAGUACACGAUGAAGAAAAAGCAAGGAUCAGACUACCUCCCAGCGGUGAAGAGUAUUUACCCAAUCUCAAGCCAGGCCACGACGGCAAGGUAGACUGGACUCCUCUCGGAGCGAUGACGGGCACCAGACCCGGCGUCAACAAGUACUCCCUCAGCAGAUACUCACUCAGCGAAUGGAGGAACCACAACGACCACGUACUUGACCCUUCAUCCAUAACGGAAUCAAACAUAGUCGACUACAACGCCAAAACGGCUAUCAUGCAAGCUUUCGGCAACAUCGACAAGACGCAACUGGAAAACAAUAAGAGACUUAAGCAGAAAGCAAAAGAUAUCUACAGGUGGAAAGUUGAAGUUGAAAAAGCGUGUAAAGCGAUUACGGAAGAGGUGGAAUUGCUCGAGAUUGACCGACAGCGGCUAAAGGGAGCUUCAAGAACACUGAUGUUGCCUGAAUCAAUAUCAAAAGAGUGCUUAGAUCUUCGAUCCAACCGCUUCGUGCCAGAUUUAGUUGCUGAUCUAGCAGAACAGGAGCUGAUCAAAGAAAUGAAUCUAGUGAGCGAAGUAAGAGCUACCCUAGCCAAGACUUUAGAGAACAUUGAAGCGCAAAUGGCUAUCAAUAAAGCAGCUAAGCAUCGGAUUGAGUACGACUGGUGCGAUAAAAACAUGGCAUACAUUGGUGAGACUAUUAAUCUAGGACUCAAUACAAAAUCUCCUACCAUCAUGUUCAGACCGGGAGCUACAAAGUUCGCGGAUUACUCGGCCCCUUUAGAGUACUGGGAAUUCUUUUGCCGAGAGAAUGUGCAGCAGGUGGAAUCCGCCAGGCAAAAAUCUAGCGAUUUAAGAGGCAGUCUAAACGCCAUUCUCAUCAAUGGAGGUAGGAAGCUUAGAAAUCAAGCUGACAGAACUGACAUGGCCAUAGCAGAGACCGUCGCUUUAACUACAGAGCUAUGCACAAAAUUGGAAGAGACUCUACGAAGCACGGUCCAAAGAAUCGCUGACAUGGAGUGUCUGAUAGACAAUCUAAAAGCUUCUAUACAAAAGAUGGACGCAGCGAUGAAGUUAGCGCAGACAAGGUUGGACAACCGAAACCAAUGGCGACCGCACGGAGAGGCAGUGAGAGACCUACCCCACUUAGGUCUGAUAGAAGAAGUGAAGACUAUUCACGAGACAGUGACGUCACUUCUCGGGCAGCUGAACAAUGCGGAACGGAUCCGAGAGGACCUUAUGAAGAAGAGGAUCGAGUUGGAGGCGGCCAUAGCGUCGAAGAGGAAGACGUUGAACAUAGACAGAGACAGGUGCGGUAUGAUCCGCUCUCACUAUCCGUCGGCUUCUGAAUUGGCAGGUUUUUAGAAAUCAAAAUUUAAUCCAAAUUAAUAAACAUUUAUUUAUUUAUAGAA